CAGUCUCUUUUCUUGGAUUUCAUCCAUUUCGUUUCCUUCGUCAAUCGUCAUCUGUCUGUCAGUUUCCGGAACUUAUUAUAUUACUCACAGGAGCAAAGCUUGAGUCAGGAGAGAAGUUCUUCUUUCAUUGCGAUACUGCCUCAGGCUGGAAUCUACCUACAACAAGUCCCUCCAACAACCACACCACACAUCCACAUCUCCCUGAACCACCAACCAACACAACACCUUCCAGUCCCCAGGACACUCUCACCGCACAACCACACAACCACACAAACCCACAGACUCUACCAAGAUGUCCGCACCCAACAGCCCAGAACAACAACGAGCCGCCUCCCCGGUCCUCGAAGAUGAAUCCGCCCGUGCCCCGACCCCGGACGCCGGCGGCGAAGAAAGCGACCACCCCCAACCCCAGCCCCAAGACAACGCAGCUGCCUCGGAGCUUGAAGACGAAGAAGAUGACGACGGCAAAGCCCGCGACUCGGACGACGAGUCGAUCCUGUCGGAGGUCGACGAGGCGCAGUUCGAGGAUUUCGACCCGGAGAACGUCGACAUCGAGGACCGCCCGCAGUUGGCCAUCGACGAGGACAACCUGAAGCUGAUCGGGCGGCACAAGCGCAAGCGCACGGAGGGGGCCGAGGGGGAGCAGUCGAAGCGGAAGCGCGAGGGCCGGCGCGAGAAGAAGAGUCGGCGGAUGCGCGAGCUGGAGGACGGCGGCGGGGCCAGCGACGAGGAAGGCGGCGCAGGCAAGGCCGGGCGGCGACGGGCGGGCGCGUCGAAGAAGAAGGAGGUGAUGCCGGAGGAUGAUGAGACCUUGGAUCCUGCUACGCGUGAGUUUUGGGUCCCCUUCUUCUUGCGGUGGAAAGAGGAGAAUCCGGGUGGGUUGCUAAUCUUGAUGGGACCUGCAGGGCGGAGGAGAGCGCUCGAUCGAGCUAUGGAUGAGGCGAUGAAGAAGCCAACUAAGAGACGGUUCCGGAAGGCGGAUGGUAUUGAUCUGGAACAAAUGGCCGAUGCUGAGAUCGAAGAUAUGCGCAAACGCAUGACCCACGCCGCACAGAUGGAUGCCAUCAACCGCCGCGAAGGCAAGCCCGCCAUGCACAAACUCAAGAUGCUCCCCGAGGUCGUCUCGCUGCUGAACCGCAACCAAUACGUCAACAGUCUGGUGGAUCCGGAAAUCAACCUGCUCGAGGCCGUCAAGUUCUUCCUGGAGCCGCUGGACGACGGCUCGCUCCCCGCCUACAACAUCCAGCGCGAUCUGAUGACGGCGCUGGGCAAGCUGCCGAUCAACAAGGAGACCCUGAUCGCCAGUGGGGUCGGCAAGGUGAUUGUAUUCUACACGCGCAGCAAGCGACCGGAGCCAGGUAUCAAGCGCAUGGCGGAGCGCCUGCUGGCCGAGUGGACGCGUCCGAUCCUGCAGCGCAGCGACGACUAUUCCAAGCGGGUGUACCAGGAGGCUGCUUUUGAUCCUACGUAUGUUUCCCCUGUUCCCCCUCUUGUUUGCCGCGGUUCCGUCUUCGAUCGUUCGCUUUCGAUCGUUUCGAUAUCGCAGUUUCUGUACUCUCUGCUAACUUCAACCAGUCAACUGGGCACAUCCCGUCCCAAAUCGGCGCAAACGUCGGUGGCGGAGGCGCGCGCGCGCGAAAUGCUGCCCCCACGACUGGCGAACCGGGCGCGCGCCGACCUCACUCACACGAGUUACACGGUGGUGCCGCGACCGACGAUGGUACAGGAGAGCAAGUUUGCGCGACCUUUGGGCGCCAGCGGCGAGGAUCGAUUCCGGAAGAUGCGGGCGCGACAGAUUGCGGCAUCCAAGGGAUCCCGGCGAUAGCGGAAGGUGGUUGUGGUUGAUGGUGUUGGAGGUGUAGCUUUUAUUGCAUAUGUUUUUAUCUUUGCCUCGUAUUCGAUUUAUUUACGGACGGGAACGGCGCAGGAAUUGGGAAUGAAUUGUAAUCAUUUAAUUUAAAGCUUACCAAGUAGGUGACUAGUGCGGAGAGGCGAGGCGAGCAGACGGAGGAGAAGGCAGAGAGGAGAAAUUUUGACAAGACAUGCGAUGGAUUGAUCAGCCCAUAAGGCUAGAUUAGACUAGACC